UCCGUGCGCGCUCGCAUGUGUGUUCAUUUCUUUGCAUCAAUAACUAAUGAGCUUCUCUCUGGCGCUCUCACUCAGUUCAAACAGUGUUUUUGUUUAUCUAGCAGCUCUUUCAGUUAAGUAAAUAUGUUUGCCUCUGACAAGCAAACGGUAAAGUAGGAGGAGCGUGUGACCUUCAUGCGUUCUUAUAGUGACAUUGGGGAUGUUUUGGGGUUAUUUAGAGGUGGCAGAAGAGUAUAUUGGAUAUCAUGUGUCAUAAAUAUAGAAACCAGGGCGAUAGAAAAAGGAGAGAAAGAGAGAAUGACAAUUCCAGAGAAAGGGAGAGAAGGGAGGAAGAAACCAGGUGAAUCAGAGAGAGAAUGGAGGAAGAAACCAGGUGAAUCAGAGAGAGAAGGGAGGAAGAAACAAGGUGAAUCAGAGAGAGAAGGGAGGAAGGAACAAGGUGAAUCAGAGAGAGAAGGGAGGAAGAAACCAGGUGAAUCAGAGAGAGAAGGGAGGAAGAAUGAAGGUGAAUCAGAGAGUGAAGGGAGGAAGAAUGAAGGUGAAUCAGAGAGAGAAGGGAGGAAGAAACAAGGUGAAUCAGAGAUAGAAGGGAGGAAGAAUGAAGGUGAAUCAGAGAGAGAAGGAAGGAAGAAUGAAGGUGAAUCAGAGAGAGAAGGGAGUGAGAAUGAAGGUGAAUCAGAGAGAGAAGGGAGGAAGAAACCAGGUGAAUCAGAGAGAGAAGGGAGUGAGAAUGAAGGUGAAUCAGAGAGAGAAGGGAGGAAGAAUGAAGGUGAAUCAGAGAGAGAAGGGAGGAAGAAACCAGGUGAAUCAGAGAGAGAAGUGAGGAAGAAUGAAGGUGAAUCAGAGAGAGAAGGGAGAAAGAAACCAGGUGAAUCAGAGAGAGAAGGGAGUGAGAAUGAAGGUGAAUCAGAGAGAGAAGGGAGGAAGAAACCAGGUGAAUCAGAGAGAGAAGGGAGGAAGAAUGAAUGUGAAUCAGAGAGAGAAGGGAGGAAGAAACCAUGUGAAUCAGAGAGAGAAGUGAGGAAGAAUGAAGGUGAAUCAGAGAGAGAAGGGAGGAAGAAUGAAGGUGAAUCAGAGAGAGAAGGGAGGAAGAAACCAGGUGAAUCAGAGAGAGAAGGGAGGAAGAAACCAGGUGAAUCAGAGAGAGAAGGGAGGAAGAAUGAAGGUGAAUCAGAGAGAGAAGGGAGGAAGAAACCAGGUGAAUCAGAGAGAGAAGGGAGGAAGAAACAAGGUGAAUCAGAGAGAGAAGGGAGGAAGAAUGAAGGUGAAUCAGAGAGAGAAGGGAGGAAGAAACCAGGUGAAUCAGAGAGAGAAGGGAGGAAGAAACCAGGUGAAUCAGAGAGAGAAGGGAGGAAGAAUGAAGGUGAAUCAGAGAGAGAAGGGAGGAAGAAUGAAGGUGAAUCAGAGAGAGAAGGGAGGAAGAAACCAGGUGAAUCAGAGAGAGAAGGGAGGAAGAAUGAAGGUGAAUCAGAGAGAGUGUCACGGAAGAGGCAUGUUUAGACAAUAGACGUGUGCGUGUGUUUGUGUGUGUUUGUGUGCGUGCGCUCUGACCCGUGUACUACUCUCCCUGGCUGUUACGUGUUUCGCUCUGAGCGACAGCCAGGGCCUCUUACUUUCCACUCUGCUGGACUCUGUCCUUCCUCCGUGACUCACCACCUCAACGCCCACUCUGAUUGUCUAUCCAUCCUUACUGCAGGGAGAUGGAGGACAGAACUCAACCUCGCCAAACGCCCAGGGUGAUGUCUGCGGUCAAAUUGGUGGUGGUCUCUCUUGAAGCAGUGAUCAGAAGCUUUAUUCACAAAAUACACUACUUUAUUCUUAGAAUGGAAUUGGAUAUGAAUAGAGAUUGAUUGUGUGGUUUUCAAUAAGUGAAGUGAUUGUAACUAAUGGUAGUUUGAGAAUUGGGCAUUCAUUUGGUGUUUGGUGUUUGGUGGUGGUCUCCUUAUUUUGCAUCAUGUUACUCCUGGGUUCUGUAUCCUAUUUAAAAC